UUGGUUUUCCAACAACCUCGGAGAUUCCAAUUAUUUACUACAAAGCAAAGGAAAACUCCAUUAUAUUUCAUCUACUAUAUAAAAAAAAAAAAACCCCCCGCUUCAUAUAUAUUCUCAAUCAAAGAUAAAGUUGUGAAAGAAACAUAUCAAGAUGAAGAGCCUAAUUGUCUCAACCCUGGUAAUCGGAGUUUACAUCUUCUUCAUUUUCCAAGCUCCAAAAGUGAAGGCAUGGCAGGAACAGUAUCAGGUUCAGAUCAAGAAUGACAUCAACGAUUCACUUCCAUUGGGGUUGCAGUGCCAUUCCUCGGAAAAUGACCUUGGUUCCCAUACACUGUAUAAAGGAGGAAUUUUCAAGUUUCACUUCGGAAUAAAUUAUUUCUUUAGCACCAAGUUCGUGUGCGACGCCCAGUGGAGCGGAUUGAAGGCCAGGAUCUACGUUUUCAACAAAAACUUGGCCAAAACACAUUGCGGCAACGAUCUUGGUCGGAACUGCUGCUGGUCCGUUCGGAGAGAUGGUUUUUUCAUUGGUAGUGCUGAGUAUGCGCCGCAUUUUGAGAAAGUCUAUGAUUGGGGUGCUGGUUAUUAAAUACUCCCUCCUCCGACACACAAAAAUAGUCCAGUUUAAUACAAAAUUCUGUUCCAAAAAAAUAGUCCAGCUUCACAAAAGUCAAAAAUUAAUUGAAUUGAAAUGACUUAAAUAUCCAAAAAAAGUAGCGAUAAGGAAAACAAGGUUCACUUCCUUUGAUUUUUAUUUUUUUUAGUUUUCUCUUAUUUUUUCAAAUGAUUAUAUCUUUUAAUAUAUAAAUAAUUAAAAAAUGUGUUAUAUAUCAAAUUAAUGUAUAUAACGAGAUCUUUUCAUCAAGAUCCAUUGUCAAUAUUUUUUGAGAUAAAAAUUUUGAUCAAAUUUAAGUUGUAAAAUAAAUGUAUAUGUAGUUAAGUUUUAUAGAAAUAACUAGAAGGGGCAUUAGUGGAAGUUAGGGGCAUAAAAUGAGUUGUACAUUUGGUGUGUUGACUAAAUUAAAAAAGUUGUAUUAUUUUUCUAGGA